AGUCUGCCUAGCAGGCGACUCAAGAACGUUAGCAUAGUUGCACCUCUGGGUUACCAAUGUAUGUGGGUUUAAUGAUUCUCCUGCCGCUCUGGGAAAGUCACCACCCUUGGAGUUUCGUCAGCAACAUGUGACAAUUCAAGACCUAAGGAACAAGUUCGUAGCGGUUCGCAGGGUCAAAGUGAUGGUUGGAGAGUCAUGGAUAAUUCAAGGGUUUAAAGCAGCGCGAGUGCAUCUCUGUAUCGGUUACGCAUGCUCAAUUUAAUUCAGAUGCGACGGCAAUGAUCAUCAACGGACAGUGGAUUGCACUUCUGCUUACCUUUUGUAUGAACAUAUUAUUUUGUAAAAGUGAAGAAACAUCUUGCCAUGGAGCGUUUGAUAUUUAUUUUGUUUUAGAUAGGUCUGGCAGUGUGCAUGAUAACUGGGGAGAGAUCUAUGAGUUUGUGGAGCAGCUCACCAACCGCUUUGUGAGUCCAAGGAUGAGAGUUUCCUACAUAGUUUUCUCAUCUAAAUCGGAGGUGAUUCUGCCACUGACAGGAGACAGAUAUGAAAUAGAGGAAGGCUUGAAAAAACUACGUGAAAUCCGACCAGCAGGUGAAACAUACAUGCACGAAGGCAUGAAAUCGGCUUCAGAGCAGAUGAAGGCCCAGGUCACACGGUCCUCCAGCAUCAUCAUUGCUCUGACUGAUGGGAAACUGGACAUCUAUCCGUAUGAACUGACAGUAAAGGAGGCUAACACUGCCAGGGACUUUGGUGCUAGAGUUUAUUGUGUUGGUGUGAAGGACUUUGAUGAAAGCCAGCUUGUGGACAUUGCAGACAACAAAGACCAAGUGUUCCCAGUGCUGGCUGGAUUUCAUGCACUGAAAACCAUUGUGAAUUCGAUUUUGAAGCAAUCCUGCACACAAGUGUUUAGGGUGGAACCCUCCAGUGUUUGUGUGAAUGAAUCCUUCAACAUCGUCCUAAGAGGAUACAACUUUGCACGUGGAAGCAGUCGGGAUGGAGUUGUCUGCAUACUCACUGUCAACCAGAACACAUACAAUGAGAGGCCAAGUGUGGUGCAGGAUGGCUAUCUAUUGUGUCCGGCACCAGUGCUGCAUGAAGUUGGACAAUCCAUAGAUGUGUUGAUCAGUUUGAACAAUGGCCAGUCCUACAUCUCCAGCCCCUUCACUAUCUUUGCUACAACAUGUUCUGAUGGGAAAGUGGCGCUGGUGGUGAUCUUACUACUUCUUCUGCUACUUGGCCUGGCUCUCUUGUGGUGGUUUUGGCCUCUCUGCUGCACCAUAGUGAUCAAAGACCCCCCACCCCGUCGCCCCCCUCCGCCGCCCCCUCCACCUCCAGUCCCAGCGCCAGAAGAGAACCUUCUGCCCAAGAGGUCGUGGCCCAUGGUGGAUGCGUCCUACUACGGAGGACGGGGAAUCGGUGGGAUGAAACGCAUGGAGGUUCGUUGGGGCGAGAAAGGCUCCACUGAGGAAGGUGCGAGGCUAGAGAAAGCCAAGAAUGCGGUGGUGACAAUAGUGGAAGAGGAGGUGAAAGAACCAAUCAUUAGGAAGGCUGUGCCUCAGAGACCGGCCCCUACCUAUCACAUUCCAGAACAGUCCAAAUGGUACACGCCCAUUAAGGGACGUUUUGAUGCACUGGUGGCGUUACUCAGGCGACAGUAUGAUCGAGUUGCUGUUAUGAGACCAACAGCUCAGGACCGGGGACGCUGCAUGAAUUUCACCCGAGUUCCCCAUAAUUAGGUCAAACACACAAUCAUCUUUGGACCAUGGCGUAAACUGGAUGCAAUGAAGAACGUGCCUUAAGGUUAUCAAGGUGGCUAACUUGGGAUUUAUUGAUUGUUUUUAUUCCAGUUGUAUGUAUGCAGGCAUUAUUCAACAGUGUUAACUGUUAAAGAGUUAACAACGCAGUAAAGCAAGAAGUUUAUCUCAGUAUAUUUCUGACGCUGUUAAUAACAUCCAAAUCACAUCUACAUUUCUUUACAGUACCAAACUAUUUUCAAGUAAAUUUGCCCUUUUAAAUGUAACACAGAGCAACAGUUAAUGGCUUCUGUCAGCCAGUCAAACAACUAAAUGAACAAGUUACUCAAAAAUAUAAAUCAUGACCCUCAAGUGAAUAUGAAAUGAAUGAAUCAUUUGAGCUGCACAUCACCUGUUAAUGCCUUUAUGUUGAUUUAACUUUUCUCGUUAACCCAAAUAUUUCAAAGUAUGUAACCAAUAUUAAUCUGUUUUCAUAACUUUACUGAAAAGGUGGAAGGUGCUUGUUCUUUGUAUUCAUAGAGAAAGUUAUUUAUUCCAACACAGUAGUUGACCCUUCAUCAGAAUUUGGGAGAACACUCAUUGAAUGCUCAAAGCUUUAACUGUGUGUGUGUGUGUGUGUGUGUGUGUGUGUGUGUGUGUGUGUGUGUGUGUGUGUGUGUGUGUGUGUGUGUUUCUGAACCAAAAAAUAUCCCAAACCGUGGUUAAAUCUGAGAAAGCUGACUAUAGGGGAAAUCUUUCCUGGCCCAAUUCUGAAAAAUGAAUAAUUUUUAUCAACUAUAUUUAUAGGUUUAUGGUUAAAAAUUAUAUUUGGGGUUAAAAUUUGUUUAUGGUUAGGCAUUACCAAUUAGGUUUAGGAUCAGGGUUAAUUAUUAGGGUUUAAGAAUGAAUGUUAGGUUAUUGAGGCUAAGCUUAGGGUUAAUAAUAGUAAAACCAAGGGCAACUUUGGGUUUUCCAUUUAGAAACCAUAUGUGUGUUCUACAUAUGUGUGUGUGCUAUCUGCAAGUGCAAAUUCAAGAGCAUUGACGAAGGGGAGUAGGCCUUCUAAAACAUUGGGAGAAUUAAUAGCUAUGUAUUACAGGGUAUUUUUUGUUGUUCAUUGUAAAAAUUGUACUGAAAACAUUCUGACACAGAUUUUUUUGUCACUAAUUAUUAAAGCAUAUUAUGCCUGUAACUCAA